CAGCUCCAGAACUAAAACAUGGUUCCAAAGGUUACUCAUUCCUUACUCUACAUUGGAGUGGACCAAUCAAUGAUAAUGUGACAUAUUACAUUCAGAGUCGUGUAUUAGACACCAAUGGCGAUUGGUCAAUUUAUGGGGGCUCUUUAGCACAACCAAAUGGAGAUCUAAAAAUUACUGGUCUACAGCCAUUUAUGAAUUAUACGUUCCGUAUUUCAUUGGUGAUUACCACAACAGAAGUCCUGUACACCAAAGAAUCGGAAAUAAUAACAACUUUACCACAUGGAGCACCGUCUGCUCCAAUAAUCACAGAAAUUUCUGCACCAACAUGCUCUGUUAUAUCGUUGUCAUGGAAACCACCAGUGUAUACCAAUGGGCAUCUACUCAGUUACCGAUUAUACCUGAAACCCAUCAACAACAACGAUGUCCAUGACACUAGUGUGGAAGUUCCUCCCGAUGUUACAUCCUGGACCUUUCGUCAGUUAAAAUCAUCUCAGGAGUAUAUUGUUGCCAUGACUGCAAGAAAUCAAGAUGGUGAAGGACAAACAGACAGAGCAAAUAUGACAACACCAAGUUCAAGUAACUUGUUGAAAAAUGAUGUGUACUUAGUUCUGGCUGAAAACAACAAAGUUAUAAAGCAGGAGAUGACAGAGUUUUUCUCCAGUCCCCAGACCAUACAUAAAACACUUAAUGCCUCGGAUCUUAUAAAAGGAGUUGCAGUUCAUAUCCAGAAAAAGAUUAUUGUCUGCAGCGAUUCCUCCGGACAAGUCCAUCAAGUUAGCAUGGUUGACAGUUCCGUAACGGACAACAUCUAUCCCAGUCUCUCUCAUCCUGGAGCAAUAACUAUUGACUGGUUACAUAAUUAUACAUACAUUGUAGAUGGUUUAAUGAUCAAAAGAUGUGAUUUAGAUAGGCCGAGCUGUAUCAUGGCAACAGAAAUGUUACCUUCACAACCAGAUGUCAUAAAGGUUGAUCCUAUCAAUGGAUUCCUGUUUUUCACGCAAGGAAGUAUCAACAUGGGGCUGUAUGCAGUAGACAUAGGGGAGAUAACUCCAUCAAAACCUGCACGCCAUUUCAUGCUGGUUAGCAGCAGAUUAAAUUCAUUCUCUAUUGACUUCAACAAUAUGCAGUUAUAUUUUCCUAACGAAAUUGCCAAUACUCUCAUGUCAGCAUUUUUAGAUGGCACUGGUUUAGCCGAUGUCCGAAAAGACAAAGUAGUGCAACCAAACUAUUAUAGUAUAAGAAGCAUGGUGUUCUACGGAGGAGUUUUCUUCUUAACAAAUGGGACCAAACUUUUGAUCGAAGAGUACGAUGAGAGAAUAGGGAAAUUCUACGUGAAUGAAAUGUAUGUGACUAAAUAUUCCUCCUUCAACAUUUAUCAUCCGACAGCACAGCCACACCCAGUGCCUCAUAGCUCGCCGCAGGAUGUUAGAGGAUUGUUUACAGAUAAACGUGUUAUCAUGCAAUGGAACCGACCAAAACCUCUCUCUUAUCAAGGUAAAGGAGCGUAUAAGAAUUGGUAUUAUGAAGUCAGUCUGUACGCUGAUGAUGGAACAGAUAAUGAAAUAGUAGAGAAACUCACUGGUUCCUUCUUAGAAAUAGUAAAUCUGGUACCAGAUACUGCCUAUCAAGUGAAAGUCAGGGCUUGGUCACAGACUGGAUCUGGUCCCUGGUCAGAAGUCUUUGUUGGUCGAACUCUCUCAUUAGAGGCAUCAACAGCUAAAGUUAUAGUUGCAGCAGCAUCUCAGUCAGAUUUCACUACAGGUUUAUAUGAAAUGGAUAUGGAGGGACAGCAGAGAACACAGCUUACAACUGUUCAUCUCUUUUAUGAAGAACUUCUUGAUUUGACCUGGGUUGAUGAUAAGAUACUGUGGGCCUCUAAUGUAAAUGGUGUUCAGAUAUUUGACAGAACUACAGCAGAGUCAGAAAUCGUCUACCACAUCAGAUAUGCUACAAGUGUCAGUUACGAUUGGUUGGGACAGAAGCUGUACUGGUCUAAUCCUAAACACAAUGUUAUUAGAAGGUCUGAUAUUGAUGGCGAAAAUAUAGAGUUUGUAAUACAAGGCACAGCUCGUCAUAUGGCAAUCGAUGCUUUACAAGGUCGUAUUUACUGGGUCACCAUGAAUGCCUUAGAAGCAGCUUACUUGAAUGGAGAGGAUCAUAUUGUGUACUUCAACCUGCCAUAUUUUUGCGGGAAGCAUGUCAUUAGUUUGACCUUGAACUUUGACCUUCGAAAAGUUUUAUGGUAUGUGAAGAGUUUUGAACGACAGGAGUUGUUUAUGUCGGAUCUUCUGGGCAAUGGUGUGACCCAAGACCAACUGUCAGUGCAACCUCUUGGAAGUUUUAACAGUAUUUCUCCAUUUUCUGUCAUGCAGUACUUUUCUCACCGUUUAUUCUGGCAGAAUGAGAAAGGCUCAAUCAUUGUCGGUGACCUUGAAUGUAACUACACAUCAGAAAUUACAGUAGAACCAGUUUCUGUGUUUACUGUUACCCAUCCAUCUCUCCAUCCAUAUCCAGAAGGUUUGGACAAGAAAAGCCUUAAAAUUAUACCAACAGAAAUUCCAGAGCAGACGAUAAGAUGUGAAGGUCAUUGGUCAGCCUUUAACCUGACCUGGCAGAAGGCCGUAGUUAACCAUGGUGAUAUUUUUUAUGAAGUUUCUAUACAGAUACAUGAUGAUGCUGGAAGAAGUGUUGCCAUGCAAACCACAAAGAAUUUUAUCGAAUUGUCUAAUAUAUCAGCUUAUACAGAGAUGACCGUUACACUCAGAGCUUACACCCACUGGGGUUAUGGUCCAGUUACUGUGGCUGAUAUCAAUACACCAAUGUCUGUUCCCAGUAAACCAUUAACUCCAAGAGUUUAUGUGACCCAGCAUAAGGAAUCAAUGACCUCAGAAAAUUCUCUUGCUGCAGAUUUCCGUUGGACAUUACCUAAACUUUUAAAUGGAAUAAUUACGGAUUUCAAGAUCUAUUCAUGGAAAAAUGGAGACGAAAAUAAUAAAAACACAACAUCAGUACAAAGUACUGUGAGAUAUUUUAAUCUACCAAGUCUUCAACCUGGUAUGACUUAUUUUUUUCAGGUAUCAGCUUGUACACAAAAAGGAUGUGGACCCAAAACUGAUCUGGUAUCUGCUGAAGCUGAUGCUGUUAAUCCUGUUCCUAAGUUACUAGUAAUAUCAGCCAAUCAAAUAUUAAUAGAGGAAGUUGACAGUGUCGGUAAUAAGACAGUUGUAUUAGAGCCUGUUGUAUCACCAAUGGUUGCCACGUACCUGGCCCAGGAAAAUAGGUUGUUCUGGGUUGAUAAAAAUAACCUGCUGAAGGAACAUAGUAAACAGGGACAAAAAAAGCUUUUAGAAUUGGAGGGAAAAGUAACUGACCUUGCUGUAGAUUGGAUUAGACGGUCAUUGUUUAUUGUAGAGGUCAACUCAUCACAGUCUACAAGUUCAAUAAUCACAUUCUCACUGGAUCAGCGUAUAGGUUAUAAACUACAGACAAGAGAUGGUAUUAUUAACAGUAUAGUUACCGAUCCUCAUACAAGUACUAUAGCAUGGACGGAAUCGGAUACUAGUGACAGCCAUUCUGAGUUGUACAAGAUGGGUCCAGACCACAAGGUCAAACCAUUAUUUAGUAAUGCCAGAAAUAAAAGAGAGGCUCCUAGUUGUAAUUGCUCAGCUUCUUUCCAACCAGGAAGUAGAAUAGCUUUAGAUAACACUGAGGACGUAAAGACUGAAAUUUUGUUUUAUAAUGAAGGAACAAAAUCCAUCAUAGCUACAGAUAUAAAUGGAUGCUACUGUAAAUCUGUAACCAGUCAAACUUCUGCCAGCAAGAAAGGUUUUCCACCAGACAGUUUGACAGUUGAUCAUUCAAAUAUUUAUUGGUACAACAAAACGGAGAAGUUAUUAUACAUAAUGGAUAAACAGACAAGUAUUGUUACAACAAAGAGUAUAGGAGAAGUUCACGAUAUAAUUGGAUACGGGACACAUCUCCAACCUUUACCUUCUACAGAAUGUCUUUAUCCUCAACCAUAUAAAGGUUCUGUUACCUUGAUACAAAAAACAAACCAGACCAUUGAAUUAGAGCUAAAACCCAUCACAUGGCCAUUGUCCUGUACUGGUAUCUCUGUUCCUGAUACUAAGUACUCAGUAUAUUAUAAAGCAGGGACCCAGCCAUGUGGUUCUGCUGGCAGUGGAUGUAUGUCUGAGGCCUCUUACAACAACACUAUGACUCUGACCAAGCUACAGCCAUUUACAAUGUACAUAGUGCAUGGGGCUGUUAGCAACUACUACACAGAGUAUUUAUCUGAGGUUCUCAGUUCUCCAACAGUAUUCCAGACCAGAGCAGGAGUGCCUUACAAAGCGACAAUAGAAUCUUUGAUUGGAACAUCUCCGGAACAGAUUAAUGUGAAAUGGUCUAGACCCACUGUCUCAAACGGUCCUCCAGAAGAUUUGGUCUACGCCAUACACUGGUCAACGCCGAAAGGCAAAGGAUUCUUGAGGGCAGAAGUAGACGUCAAUGUAUCACAUGAUCAGAAUGUCUAUGAGCACAUUAUAUCAAACUUACUGCCAAAUCAAGAUUACACUAUUGAGGUAAAGACUGCCAACUCCGAACAGAAGAUUUUCAAUACAAGUGAUCCCAAAACCAUAAGAACAUUUGAACUACCAAGGGACAUAACUCUACUGUCGUCUGCAAGACAUAAUUUAACCUUAAGUUGGACAUCACCCUCUGAUGGAAGUGUGGAAAUAGCCAAGUUUCAGUACAUAAAGUGUCCUUAUGCAGAUGAGGCUAAUUGGAACAAUAUGGGUGAUUUACCUUAUUACACUUCAUCCAAUCAGACAUACAAUAAAACAUUCACAGACCUAGAACCCUCUACUGAUUACUGUUUCCGUAUGGUCCUUUUGUACAAAGGGACUGUCACUAAAAUGUAUUGGACCGGUGGAGAUAGAUUUAUGUUCAGGACACAGUCAAGCAUUCCCAGUGCCCCAGAUCCACCAAUUAUAGAAUCCUUGUCGAGUCAAGGGUAUGAGGUUAAAUGGUCAGAACCUAAUGACAAUGGUGCCGCAAUCCUCCAUUAUAUACUGCAGUAUUGGAGUACAGACUACCAGAUAUGGACUGAAGUAUAUAAUGGAACUGAAGCUCGUUGGGUAAUUGAUGAUGGAGUUUUAACCAGUGGUAAAGAAUACUUCUUCCGUGUAGCUGCUGAGAAUGCUAAUGGACUUGGACCAUUCAGUAAUAACAGUACAGCUUUUACAUAUAGAGAUGUUGUUACGGCAGCAGAUGACACGGUAGCCAUUGUUGUCAUUUCUCUGUCGUUUGUGUUUGUAUUCCUCGUGGUACUAUUGUUUGUUAUAUGUUAUGUAAUGCGAAAAAGAAAUAGAAAAAAUAGGAAACCAAAAGAAUUCAUAGUGCGAGGACCAGACCAUGAGCUUGCUAUUCUGAGAGAGCUCCCACUGCACACAGCUCCUGAGAGUAAUACUUUAUAUGCUAUCAAUAUUGUACCUACUGACAGUGAUAUUGCCAAACUGCCUCACUUCCGACGGGACCAGUUGAUGCUGACAAAAUUCCUAGGAAGUGGUGCAUUUGGUGAAGUCUUUGAAGGGGUGGCAAAGAAUAUCUUAAGUGAUAGUUCUGGAGAAACAAAAGCUGCAGUGAAGACUUUGAGAAAGAGUGCAUCAGACCAUGAAAAAGAAGAGUUCCUGAAAGAGGCGGUAUUGAUGAGUAAUUUUAAACAUGAUCACAUCCUGAGUUUACUUGGUGUCUGCCUUGAUAAUGAUCCACAGUUCAUUAUUCUAGAAUUAAUGGAAGGUGGCGACCUGUUGUCUUAUUUACGAACAUGUAGAGGGAUGUCGACAAAUUCUUCCAGUUUAUGUUUAACAGAUUUAGUGAAGAUUUGUGUUCAUGUUGCUAGGGGCUGUAAAUAUUUAGAACGAGAGCAUUUUGUUCAUAGAGAUUUAGCGGCUAGAAACUGUCUUGUCUCAUCUAAGGUUCCAUCAGAAAUAGUUGUCAAAAUAGGAGACUUUGGUUUAGCCAGAGAUAUUUAUAAAAGUGAUUAUUAUCGUAAAGAAGGCGAAGGAUUACUUCCUGUUAGAUGGAUGUCGCCGGAAUCCUUGGUAGAUGGAAUAUUUACUACACAGUCAGAUAUAUGGGCCUUUGGGGUAAUGAUGUGGGAAGUCCUAACAUUUGGCCAGCAGCCAUAUCAAGCUAGGACGAACAUUGAAGUUUUACAUUAUGUCAGAUCUGGUGGUCAGCUGGAACAACCAGAAAAUUGUCCAGAGGAAUUAUUUGUCCUCAUGAAAAGUUGUUGGAGUUACAGCCCAGAAGAUAGACCUGACUUUACCUACAUCUUACAACAGUUAGAACAGUUCCUUGAGAAAUGUGUCACAUUGUUAGCUGACUACAUAAUGCCUGUUAGGACCAGGCCUGUUGAUGUGGAUGGUUACCUAGACAACCAGCACCUCCCCCACCCCCACCACCACCACCACAACAAAACAAACCAGAGAGCGACCUCAUCACUUGGACAUGACAAUAGUGACAGUCAAUUAUACAGAAAAAUUAUCCAUCGUGCCACAUCAUUUGAUUCUCCUGAGCCAUGUGACGCGUCAGCUGACUAUCUACAUCCUCAGACGAAUGGUACACCGACCUAUUUAGAACUUGUAACUGACCCUCCAGUUCGUAAAACAUCACAAAGUAGUGAACCUUCCUCACGGAAAUCUUCGCAAAGUCGUGAACCAUCUGUUAGGAAGCCAUCACAAAGCAGCAGUCGUCAUAGCUCAUGCUCAAGCGAUAUAUAUAGUCAUGUCCCAUUCACUGGUUACACUAUCAUCAGUACUCCAGAAGAAAUUCCAUCUAUUCAUGGAAAGUUUAAUGACAACAAUAGAAUGCUGACUCAGCACAGUUCUCUGACAAGUCAGCAGAAUUUUGAGAAUAUUUUACAAAACUAUGAUCAUGUGACAUCAUUAAAUCAGAUGGACUUGUCAAAAUUACAUUUGGAACAGGAAUCUGAUCAACAUCCAAAUUAUAUGCAUUCAAAUCAUGAUUCAAUUAGAUCAGGGACAAAGUUGAAAUGUGAUUCACCUAAAUUAACUACUCAGCAAAAUCAUGAUUCUCCUGAAUCAAUGCCUCAAUGUAAUCAUGAUUCGUGUGAUUCGAGAACUAAGUUGAAUUGUGAUUCAUCUGAAUCAAGAAUUAUGUCAAAUCAUGAUUCAAAAGAAUCGAGAGCAGACGCAAAUAAUGAUUCAAGGGGAUCAAGACCAGAAUCGAAUCGGGAUUCAACUGAAUCAGGCACUCAAUCUUCUGACAGUGAUGAAAGCCAGAGUAGUGCUUCAGCUUCUUCUUCCAGUGAAUUAAGUCAUCAGGGAUCACUAUACACUAAACAAUCACAAGUUAAUCAAAAUCAUGUUCAUCAUCAUCAUCAUUAUCAGAAUCAGGAAAAUCACCAGCAUCAUAAUCAUGAUUCUCAUCAUUUAAAUCAUCUUCAUCACAAACAUCAUCAUAUUGCUUCUGUAAAAUCUCCAAGAUGUGUUCAAAUGAAUGCCAAGACUGUGAAUUUAACUCACCUAAACAAUCAAAAUCAUGUUCGUCAAAUGCAGAUGGAUCAAUCGGAACACUUACGUCAAUAUUGUCAGUCUGUUACCUUGAACGAUGACAUUCAUUUAAACUAUGACCAUGUACCGCCACAGCUCCCAGAAAAUGGCUACAAUGAAAGACUAAAUUACGACUAUCCCAGUCGGAUCCAUAGAUCAAACAGUGCAGAGGAAAGACUUCAUUUUCAAAAAGUUGAUGUAAAUCCCCAAUCUCACAGUGCAGAGGAAAGAUUGGUUUUCAACAGGGGGAGGAACCAAUCUGAAAGUUCAGUUACAAAAUUCAAUGGCAGCUUGCGGCAAAAUAAUAAAGAGAAUGUAGAUUGUUACAAGCAUAUGAUGAUUGGAGAAGACAAUGGACUGCCAUACAAAAACUUAGAUUUUCUCGACAGUAUGAACUACGUGGAUUGUAACCGAAAUAGAACUUCCCAUUCUAAUUUGUCAUCAAAAUAUGGCUUAUCGGAAUUACCAUCACAUGUGAUUUAUGGCGGGAACUUUGCAACACCUCAAGUUUAUCCCAUGUCGGACCAGGAAAUUUUGGCUGCUACCCUUGUGUAAAAUUUUGUUCAAAAUUUAGAACAAGGGAGAAUUAUUUGCAUGGCAAAAGACUUAACCAAUGUGUGUUCAUUGACUUUGUAUUUCUUAAUAUUGAAUUUGACAAAAGGAUGUAUAUUUCCUGGAAAUUAUUACUCUUAGAUUAAGUUUGUGUAUAUAAUGCAAGGAAUUGUAUCAAAAGUGGUUGUACAAUUACAAGAUAGAAUUAACUAUGACAUAAACACUGUCUAUAACAAUAAGACGAUGUGGUAUGAUGAUUGUCAAUGAGACAACUCUCCACA